GACGGCGGCGGCGAGCAGUCGUCAGUCGGUCACGGCGUCCCGGUGAGCGACGUUUGUUUGUUGAUGUGUGCGUGUGUGUCACAGUCGGUGUGCACGCGUGUCUGUGUGUGAGCGUUUAGUGGUGUGUACGUGCGAGCGAUCGUUUCACCCGGCGGGGCACAGUGUGUGCCGAGUCUUUGCGUCGUACGGAAACUCGCCGCGCACCCGGAACGGUAAUCAGAGAGAUAAGGGCAAGAAAACCCGUCGGCGACGACGCCGAGUUUUUUUUUUUUUCUCUCCAUCAUCUUCUCGUUCUUGAACCACCGCACGUUUCGCCGAACGCGUGGAUCUCGUAUUCGCGCCCCAACGACCCCUCAAUCCAGCGAGGGUCGUUUUAUUAAAUUCUAAAUCGCAUAAUGUAUGUCGACGCGAUUUCAUUAUAUAGCGUACACGACGACCCUUAAAUGCGUACUUAAAAAAAAAAAUCCCCCUUUUCGAAUCUCCGCCACCGUUGACGGCUAUAAUACAUCGUUACAGUUGCAAAUUGUUAUAGAUUUCGCUGUGCUGCAUGCGACAUACAAGACUAUAAAUAUCGCAAAAGGCAGACGGAAAUAAACACUAAGGGGAAAGAAAAAAAAAAUAAGAAUUAAAAUGAUCGUAAAUUUUUCGACGGUCGUUGAACGGCGAAAUAGUGACUUAUUUGAAGGGUUUGGAAGUCUAAGAAAAGUCGCAGUGGCUAAACCACGAUCGACUUUGGCGUUGUAUACCGUUCGGCAAUGCGCCGUUUAAUCCGUUUGAAGAACACUAGUCGUUAGUCAACAUGAUUUGGUCAAUGAAGUCUUCGGACAGUGGUGGAGAAGGCGGCGAAGAAGAUUCGGGUGGCGGGGGUGGAAGCACCAAGGCGGUCAAGUGGCGACAGCGUGGUCAUCAAGUUUCAACCACUUCACUGUCAACAUCUUCGGGCUGUAGAUGGAUGACCAUGACAAUGUUCGUUUUCUUCUUCAUAACCAGCACGGCAGCCGUGCUAUCAAACUCCACGUUCAAAGGCGAACAGCAAAGCGACAUAAACGCACGCAUUGGACAGUCGGCGUUCUUACCUUGCGAACUGGAGCCCAAUAACGUGACCACAGGAUUCGAGAUCACCACCCAGUGUGGAAUAGUUCACUCCGUGAAAUGGUACCGAGGAGCAAACAGAAUAUUCCUGUAUUCCGGUGGGCCUCGCACGACACAGCCACACCGAGAAGGGUACACCGAUAGGUAUGACAGAUCUUAUUGGAGUACGGAACCAAAUUCUACUUUGGGCUUCUUGGUAAUGGACAAUAUAACAGCGCUUGACGAGGGUGUUUAUAAAUGUGAGAUCACAUAUACUAAAGUACACGAAGGUUGCAACAUCGUUCAGUUUAUCAACCUUACAACUUACACUGACCCUGAAUCUAUCAGUGUUGGAACAUUGAUUGAACCCAGUGAUCUUUCGGCGCACAAUUACAUCGAUCCUUCAUCUGAUUUUUAUGAUGACAAAAAUAGCGAUCCAAAAUUUGGUAUUAUGAAAAAGUUAACAUCUGGUGCAAUCGUGGGUCCAGUGGAUGAAGGAAAUAAAAUACGUCUGGUGUGUCGUGCAGGCCGUGCCAGACCUGUGCCCCAAGUUACAUGGUGGCAACAUAGUCGUGGUCCAAUUUAUGAUAGUGAUUUAGUUGAUUACCAAUACCGAAAAGUGGAUUCCGAUAUGUCCGAUGAUGUUUUCUCGUACUCGGGAUUAUGGGUUGCACAAAGCGUUCUCACCGUUGUCGGAAAAAGGGGUGCAAACGGUAGAUAUGAAUGUCGAGUAAAAACAGCGACUGAUUCUUCACCAAUUCUGACAUCUAAUGUCGAAGUCACUGUUAAUGUAAGUCCAUACUCAGUUGAAAUGUCCACUUCAUCAUCAGGUGCCACUGUAACUACGGUUUCUAAAGUUGACGAUCGUAGUAAGUCUCAAAAUAGCGAAAAUGAUAGAAAUUCCGGAGAAGUAGUUUACGCUGAAACUACAGAGGGCCAACCGUUAGUAAUUCGGUGUGCGGCCCGUGGAGCCCGUCCUCAAGCAAACGUGACAUGGUAUUAUUAUUAUAAGGAUCAAGAAAAUGACGACGACAAUGAUUACGGAAGUGGAAUAAGAAAUGAACAAAAUGUUCAUGCGCCUACCGUUCAAUCGUCGAAGCACGGCGCACCCGUUAUGUUAGGAAACAGUCAGCAAAACGGUGGUUCUACAGCUAGGUCUCCCAGCGAUUAUUUGAUAUCGGAACAGCGACGUAUGGAAGGUGGAGCAGAAAUUAUAGGUCCCGUAGAAAUAGCACAGCAUACUGAAUAUCAAGCUGAUGGCACCCGAGAUACGCACAGCCAAUUAUCAAUGUCACAACUUCAUCGCCAACAAGACGGUUCCAUACUGCGGUGUGACGCAUUCAAUAAUGUCGGUUCAUCACCGAAUCAACCUCUCACUGUAAACAUGACAAUCCGAGUAAAAUAUGUACCGACUGCUUGGGUAGUGCCUAUUACUGAUGGAGAAAAUUCUGGUGCGAUUGUAGAGGACGAAAUAAAAAACGAUAUAGGUCAACAACGUAAGGGAGGAGUUGAUAAUAGCAAUAAUAUAAAUCCAAUAAUAAUUGAUGCAUCCAAAGAUACUUACGACGGAUCACACUAUCAAUCAAUUCUAUAUACUGUAGUGGUUAAUGAAACUAAGGAAUUAAGGCUGCACUGUGCAUACCACGCCAAUCCAGAUAAACUCCGAACUCCUGUUAAAUGGUAUCGAGAUGGCAUUGAGUUACAAUUAGUUGAUGAAGAAGAACCAGCUUCAUCAAGUCACGGAACAUCAGCAUCGUCAUAUGCAGCAACACCAGCUACAGGCACUGGUACGCUAUCAGGAUCGUCAAACGGUGCUAAUAAUAGAUUUCGCACAAACCCUAUGGGAAAUACUGCAAAAUAUGCUCGAGUUAAAGGAUUGGCCAAUGGAAAUGGAGGAAUUCAUGGAGAUGGUAAUGGUGAAGACGCAACUGUACUAGUGGUUAGAAAGUUAACACGUUUCGACUCGGGCCGUUAUGAAUGUCGAGUAAGAAAUUCAGUUGGGGCAGCCAAUUCUACAAAUUUUGCAAACGUUCGUGUUCAAUAUACACCUAAGGUGAAAUUACACGUUAUCCUAGACGAUUCACUCGACGACAAUCAAACUUCAUCAACAGCGAGUAGCAAUAUCAACAAUAAUAUGGUUGGAUCAAAUCCAGUUGUAUUAGAAUCUGAACAUCGCAACGUCACACUUCGAUGUGCUGUACAAUUAGAAGAAGAUCAGCAAAAUAUUGAAGACACGAAUAGCGAUCCGUCUUUGAAUUUAACCUCUGUCCAUUGGUAUUGGAACGGUGUACAAAUGCAGUUACCAAAUUGCACUAGAGCACCGGAUAGUAGUGAUAUUUUUGUAGACGAAGAAGACGGAGACAACGAUUUUGAUAUCGAAAAUAAUGAUAAUGAAAAUAAUGCAAUGAACUUUAACUAUGAAACUAGUGAACCACAUGGAGAAGGAGAAUAUGACUCAUACGCUGUAGAUAAUGAUACUAGGAGACGUAAUAAAAAGCAAAGGAAAGUGGUGUGCACCGAUAGAGAACUUAUUUUAGUUAAUGUGACAAAAAAUAUACACGGAAAUUAUUCAUGCCGAGCGAGGAAUGCUGCUGGUCUUCUUACUCCGAUGUCCGAUCAGACACCUCUUAUCGUAUAUUUUGCUCCGGGACCAGUGACAUUGGAGUUCAGUCCACGACGGGUCAUAAAAGGAAGGAACGUAACCUUGAGAUGCAAUGCUCAAUAUCUUGGUCGGCCACAACAUCCUACUCGUUACUCAUGGUUUCGCGAUGGACAUCCAUUUUACCACCAAAAUCAAGGAUUAAUAAACCCUAGCAUAAAUUCUGGAACCGGAAUUAGUAUUGGCGCCAACGGAAAUAAUGGUGGGGGAAAUUUCAACCCCGAAUGGUUUGUUGAUCACGUCUCAUUGGAAACUCGUGCCAAUUUCACCUGUUCUGCUUACAAUGAAGGUGGUGUCACAUAUUCCGAGCCCGUAUAUAUCGAGGUUUUUGCUCCACCAAAUUACAUUACUGGGCCUCCACAAUACUUAGGAGUAGCUUAUAAUGCAUCACAUGUGAAUGCAUCGUGCACUGUUGAAUGUUAUCCUCAUUGCUCCGUUAACUGGUUACGCCGUGGUGUCCUCAUCGAUCCAAUAAACAACCCUAUGGACAAAGAAAGAUAUUCAAUACUGACGGAAUAUUUACCCGCGGAACGAUUGAAAAAUGAUUUCGAAGCGGUGCGCAGCACGUUGAUAUGGCGCAUGGACAACUGGCCAGGUGGUCGUGGCUUAGAUCCAAUAACAGAUUCGACGGAAUACAGUUGCCGGAGCAGUGGAAAUGAAGUUGGUCCACCUGUGUCAGAAUCGAUAAUGAAUUUCUCUGUUGAAUAUCCUCCUGGUAACAUGACUGUCUCCAAAACAGUCGUGCAUGUCAGUGAAGGUAACAUACCGGAAAAAGUGUUUUGCCACGCCGAGGGCCGUCCCCAGCCCACUUUUGAGUGGCGUUAUAUCGCCAAUACGAACAAUUGGAACGUGCCAGGAAACUCGUCUCAGUCAACCCAAUCAUCUUCGCAGCAAAGGCUUUCUUCUAUCGCCAACGCUGGAAACAGCGGUGUCGGUGGAGGCUCCGGAAGCGGUGGUGCCCAAAUUAAUAACCAACAGUUGGUUUUGAACUCAGCUGUGGGUAGGCAACAAGCUGGCUACUAUGCCUGCGUGGCUCGCAACACACACGGAAAUGGAACUGCGUACACCUAUCUGGACGUUAUGUAUAAACCUAGCUGUCAACUUAGGAUGAUAACCGUUGACCAAUUUAAACAGGAAUCAUCAGCUAGUUUGACUGAUCAAUCUUCCGAAUUAGAGGAAUUUUUGUCUUCAUCAUCCGGUGAAAAAAGAAUACUGGUGUGCACAGCUACUGCAAAUCCAAGCCAAGUACAGUAUACGUGGACCAUAAGAAACUCGGGUCGUCAGAACGAUACGUCUACAUCUUCGCCAUCUGAUUCUCCCGCUACUGAGAGGGUCAUCACCGUAUCAAUUGGAUCAUCAGGCAACAGUGGAUCAAACGAAGUGGAUAAUAUGGGAAGUUAUAAUCGGAGCAUACUAAUAUUACAAGAUAGGCUGGAAGUGAGUAACAACGAUGACGAAGAAGGAAGGGGUAGCGACAAUAUAUCCAACAACGGUGCAUCAGAAGGCGUCAGAACAUAUGUGUGUACUGUCAACAACACUGUAGGAUCGGACCAGUGUAGCAUUCAAGUUCAAGCUGUCAGUGAAAGUGACGCUCCCUGGUGGAAACAGUUUUUGGCAACCAUAGGUUUGGGUGGAUUGCCAGUGAUGGUCGUCUUGGUGGCCUUGGUUGUGAUUUUGCUACUUAUCGUCAUCAUCGUAAUUGUUAUCCUGUUGCUGUUCGUUUGUAAGAACCGUUACAUUAAACCGGGCAAUGGAGUGUCGGGAGGACGUCAAAAAUAUGUUAAACAAAAAUACCCUACAUUGACGGCGUAUAGGGUACCAGUCGUUUGGCGCCGGCACCGAGGCCGUGGCUUGCUAUUAAACAUAUCGAAAGUGCGACAAAAUCCCGAAGGAAGUGCCACGUCGUCGAUUUCCGGUGCCAACCCCGUGACUGCACAGCAGUGUACAGACCAGCCGGCGAAUGUCUCGGGCAACCCUAAGCCCCCGCCAGGAUACGACGACGACCAUUCGCAAUCGUUUUCCAGCCAGCGGACAACAUCGGCCGCGAGCGUCGUCGGCAAGUGGCCGCUCAAGCCGGGCGUGUUAGUGCAUUCGAAGCAGCAGCUGCUCAAGUUGCAGUCGGCCACUGCCCACGGCCAACCGGCGACGGCCGACACCGGGGACGGUGGCGGCGGGCCCGCCGACAAAAUCGUUGCCGACGGAAGCGGCGAAAAGCAAAAGUCGAAAAAAAACCACACCGGUAAAGGAAAAGCGCCGGCGGCCGAGUGCAUGAUGUUGGCCAACGAGACGCAGUCGGCGCGCGCGGCUCGCAUACGACGCAUGAUGAUCGGGUCUAAUAAUAAUUUGGUGCCAAAAAAACCGUCACCCACGUCACCUCCACCCGCGCCUCCUGUCCGACAGAGCUCGGAUACCGGCGCGGGAAGAUAUCCUUCUGCGACAGAUUCGCGAGGCGGAGCCGGUCAACAGCAGGACAACGAAUCCAACUUGGGAGCGACGGGUGACUCGAAAGCCGCGUUCUACGAAAACUUGCCGUUCCACGGAAUGCGACCGCCGCCCAAUCAGUCGUCCACACUUCAGCCGCACGCCGCACUGAGCAACGCCGGUAACGGUAACACGGCCGCCGGCCACGCCAACUACAAGCCGCCGCAGCCGCUGCCGCCCGCGGACGCGUCGCUGUCUCCGUUGUCGUCGUUAAUCCACCGGUCGCCGAACGGCGGCUACGUGUCCUUGCUGCGCCGGUCCGCGGUUCCCGAGUCGGACGCUGUCGCCCGUCGCCCGACCGCCGCCGUCCGGUUCAACUCGUUGCAGAGACCGGACCGCGGCUCGACGACCGCGUGGCAGCGACGCGAUCGGCAAUUCCGGUCGAUGAGAACCGUGGGCACGGGCAGCGGUAGCGACGGGCCGACCGCCGAGGACGACCGUCGGGGGCGCCAAGACGACAACAACAACGACAGCGGCAAAGCGAGCGGUGGCGGUGGCGGCGGCGACGAGACGAAAGCGUCGGCGGCGACCGUGGACCGCGGUGACGGACGAAAAGACGCGUUUUCCGCGUCCACAUUCCCCAAGCCGGCGCCCAGAACGCGCGUGCCGUCCGCCUCGGUGGCGCCGCCGUCGCUGUCCCGCCGCGACACUUACGAGAACCUGCAGCAGCUGUUGAACGGCAGUGACGGUAGCGUGAUCGGCACCAAUAAGCCCUACAAACCGCCGGCGGCCAGUGGUUACGCGGAAGGCGGUGACAUGGAGUACGCCGACGUGGACUACCGGACGAUGUAUUACGGGCCGAUCAAUUACAAACAAUCGUCCUGAGACUCUCGCCCCCUCCCCGCCAUCGUCGUCGACCUCGUCCUCGUCUCCUAAAAUAUGUCCUGCUCGAGCGCGCUUCCUCGUCAUCGAUACGGUUUAUGGUAUUGUGAUGUUUGUGAGACGAUUAUAAUUUAAUACGAGUCGCAUCGGUAUAUUAUACCUUAUAGCGGACAUUAUUAUUCAUAUAGUGAUGACUCAUAUUAUAAUAAUAUUAUACACCUCUAUGGCUUACACGAAUUUUUUUGUUUUUAUAUAAUAAUUAACGACGGUUUUUCUUUUCUGUGUCAAACCUUAUGAUUAAUAUCGUUGAUUGAUUGAUAUCGUUAAUUCGUGAUACUUAUUUAAAUAUUGCAGUUCUCGCACAAAAUAACGAUUCAAGUUCACAGCUGUCCAGAAGACCAAAAUUAAUAAUUUACAUACUGUCCCUAUAUCUCUCACUCGCAUACAUACACACACACAGACACACACACAGACACACACCCACACAGACACACGCACAGACACACACACAGAUACACAGACACACACACACAGACAGACAUACACACACAGACACAGACAGACAGACAGACACACACACACACACACACACACACACAUACACACACACAUACACAUACAUACACAUACAUACAUACAUACACAUUAUAUACAUACUUACGCAAAGGCCACAGGGUGAAAAUAAAUAAUUAAUAAACGUCUAACUGAUUAUUUAAUACAUUUUAUGUAAUUUAAUAUUCGCACACACACACCCCUGUAAAUAAGUGAUGACGAUUUAAACAUUCUAAACCAUUCACUCGAUUUAAUCUAAAUUAUAAUACGCGUAGACAAAGUUCGACAGUGGACCGUUAUUAUCAGUCAAUCUUCCGCUAAGAAUAUAUUAGUACUUGUGCAAAAGUUGUCAACAUUUCAGAAAAGUAUCGUCCCGCGUACCGCAUCCAACAGAAUAAUUGUAUAUAGGUACUAGGUAGUAGAACCAUUUUUCGUUUUCAUCUAUUUGUACUUCCAUUGAAAAACUGUCAAAUUAUUACCAAACACAUAUUGACAAUCUAUACACAAAAUGUUCUGUUACUAAAGGCGUACCUAUAUGAAUAUCUGUGAACAACAUAAUAUUAUUAUUACGUAUAUUUCGAAUUUCGAUCAUCGACCAUCAUAUUACUACCUAUUAAUUUAUGAUAUCUACUGUCGAUGUAUUUCAUAUCUAUUUGUAUAAAAUAUUUUAAUGUUACCUAUAAUAUUAUGGUCUAUCGCUUUUAUUUACAGUUAUAAUUGUUCAUUUAUUAACAGCGUAAUAAAUGUUACGUACGUGCCAUUUAUUAUUAUAAUUAUUAUUAUUAUUAUCGUAUUGUUGUUAUAAAUUUUAGUCAAUGCCACCGUUACAAUGACUAAUGACAUAAUAUAUGUAACGACGCGUAUAUUUCUUUAUUUGCAUCUGAAAUAAUAUUAUGUUUAUUUGGCAUUCUUAAUCGUCGUCGUUUCUUGUAGUCUGCUGAGAAGUCGAAUGCCUCCCAUCUAAGUGUUUAAAUGUUGAUAUAUCAAUAAAAAUGUAUUAUUAUGAAUCAUAAUAGUGUUUCAGUAACAAAUUAUUGUAGAAAUAUAGUCUUAGUAUAAUGAUAAUAAUAAUAUAUAUAUAUGUAUUUAAAUCGAUAUUAGAGAUGUAUGUUUUUACAGACGGUUUUUGAAUAGUUUGAUAAGUCGAGUACACGAAUAAAUUAUAUUUAAAUUAAUCAUAAUCAUAAUAGACAUGAUCAUGUUUUGUUUUGUAUACACACUAUACAUACGAAGACCGUCUGUCGUUAGUAGAAAUUAUAUUAUUCUAUAUAAUAUUAUAUAAUAGUAUGUAUCUAAACAAAUUAUAAUUGUCUUUGUGCACCUACGUGAGUGUGUUAAUAUAUAAUAAUAUGUAUGUGUAAAUUGUAAAAUGUAUUAUGUGUUAAAUAGUAGAGACUGCUGGUUACCACCACCGUGGCGACGGAAUAUUAUUAUUAAUUUUAUUGACAAUCAAUAAUUAAAACGUAUAUGUUAACUUAUUUUUUAUCGAAGUUUAUGCCCAUUUAAAUAUAUAUAUUGAAUAUGUAUGUGUAUAUAUUUUAUAUAGGUACUUAUAUAUAUAAAUACAUACACAUACAUAUUAUAUUUUAUUUAUUUAUCCCAGAUAUACCCAUAUUAAUAUAUAUAUUGAAUAUGUAUGUGUAUAUAUUUUAUAUAGGUACUUAUAUAUAUAAAUACAUACACAUACAUAUUAUAUUUUAUUUAUUUAUCCCAGAUAUACCCAUAUUAUAACUCUAUCGUGUUGUUACAACUUACGUCUUACAAUAUAAUGAUCGGUGUCUCUUAUAGGCAUUUGUAUAACGAUAUGAUCGUCAUUGAUCCCUUCUAUGGCUUACCCAUCUAAGGGUGUACCGUCUAUACGGAGAUGCUGUACGUGUCCAUACCACCUGUCGUUAUCUUCUAUCUGUCUAUAUGUUAUUAUAUACUUAUAGAUUAUAAUUAUUAUAAUAUUAACUUCUUUACUACGUAUAGUAUAUUUAUUGAUAUAAAAUAUGAUAUAAUAUAUAUAUUUUGUAUUAUCAUAAUUGAUACAUUUUCCCUUCGGACUAACAAAAUAACCUAAUUUUAUUUGUUAAUUAUUGUUGUACUAUUGUAUUUUGUUUUUAUUAUUUACGUGUCUAAGUUUACACCUGUAAUUUUAUUAUCAUACAAUUAUUAUUAUUAUUAUUAUUAUUAUUAUUAUUAUUAUCAUCAUCAUUAUUAUUAUUUUGCAUUUUUACAUUAACACGCGGCAUUUACGAUUAAUAUGUUCUUACUAUAUAUUGUAUUCGUAUUGCGGUAAUUGAAGGGUGGUGGAACCUCCGCCGUUUGUAUUCUAGUCAUUAUUUACUAAAUAUAUAAUUAUUAUAUCCUGAAUAUCCCCCAAAGGCAUUGACGCUUGCGACAAAACGACUUGAAGUGUUUUACAUUAUAUAUAUAUAGAUCAUAAUUGUAAUAAUUUUAAGUAGUAUAUCUAUACAUUUAAAAUGUUUUGUUUAGUUUAGAAUCGUUAUCAUAAAAUCAUUUUUUUUUUUAUAUAUAUAAUAUAUGUAUAAUGUAUAUAAUAAUAUUAUUGGUUAUGACGAUAAUAAUUGUUGUUUCGAUGAUAAUAAAAAAGUGUGAGAGAAAGAUAACAA